AUGAUAACGGAGGACUGGAGCGAGUGCGCCGAAAGCGAUGACGAUAUGCGUGAGACCGAGUGCAAGGCGAAAUUGUCCGACCGCAUCACCAUCGCCAUAUUUGUCCUUCAUGUGGUCACUACCAUUCUGUUCAGUUUCGGCGUCUUUUUGACGAACGUUGAUAUCAACAACGAUCAGUCUGAGAUACCAUUCCUUAUGAAAGUGGAGCUUCCUGUGCGUAUCAGCAAAAUACGCACAUACAGGCUGCUGUUGAGCGCGCAAUUCGUGCACCUCUUGACUAUCGUUAUCGGCACUGGUCUGGUGAACUCUCUGCUCUUAACGUUGAUUUUACACGUGGGAGGUCAAAUCGACGUCCUGCGCUCUUGGUUGAUUCAUCUUAUACCGAAGGAGAGUGGAGGAACGCGCGAAUCAGUCGUCGUCGUAACGAAUAAAAUUGUUCGAAAACAUCAGAGGAUCAUCCUGUUUUCGACGUACAUCGAAAAUUUGUACACAUUCAUCUCGUUUGCGUUGUUUACCUUGAACACAACAAUGAUCUGUAUGCUGGCAUUCCUCGUCGUAAGUUCACUCGGCAGCCCCGACGGGACUGAGCGGAUAACAAAAUUUAUCCUGUUUUAUACCAUCACGAAUCUGGAAUCGUUCAUAUUUUGCUUCGCGGGAGAAUAUCUGAAAAACAAGAGCAAAACAAUCGGUACCGCGGCGUACAACUCGGCGUGGUACAACCUGAGGCCACAGGAUAGCCGCGUUUUAUUAUUCGUAAUAUUAAGGGCACAGAAGCAGUUGACACUGACGGCCGGCAAAAUAAUGGAUCUUUCAUUAGAGAGCUUCGCAAACAUCAUGAAAGCCUCAGCAUCGUAUAUGUCAGUGUUGUUGGCGAUGCAAUGA